AUGAAGCACCAUUUUGAAAAGGAUCCAUACUAGACAAGCUCCUUCACUUACCAGAAGAGUGCACAAAAAUGCCAGAGAAACACAGAUCAGCACCAGAUCAGAACCACAUCGCAGACGCAGAAAGCAGCAAAGAAUUCAUGAAUUUUCAGCCUUCACAAGUAAAGAAGAAGAAAAGAAGCACAUAUUAAUUUUCUUUUUCUUUUUGUUUUUCAAAGAAAUAAAAGAAAGAGUGAUGGAUAGAGAAAUAGAGAGGUUCCUGAAGAGGCUAUCGUUCGUGGCCAUAGCAAUAGCAUCCACCACUCUCAUACUUCUCUUCCUCCAAACCCCCGACACGUGUGUCCCUUCCGACGCCCCACUCAAACCCCACCUUCGGUUCCCCAAAUCAACCUGCGAUUUUACCACGCGCAUCCACGCGCCGCUCCAUAAGAAGAACCAGCGCCUCUGGUCCACGCGUGACUGGAACUCCAAGGUCCAGUCCUUCUCCUCCGCCGUCUUCCUCCCGCUUCGCCGCCUUGGCAUCCUCGCCAACCACUCCAAGGUUCUCUGCGUCUCAGCCGGCGCCGGCCACGAGGUCGCCGCACUCUCCGGUUCCGGCGUCGAGGACGUCACCGGUGUGGAGCUCGUCGAUUCGCCGCCGCUCGUCCAGCGCGCUGAUCCGCACAACCUGCCUUUCUUCGACGGUGCGUUCGACCUCGCGUUCUCCGCAAGGCUUGAUGAGGCGCUGUUCCCGGCGAGGUUCGCGGCGGAGAUGGAGCGCACUGUCAGGUCCGGCGGUUCGUGUGUUGUCGCUGUCGCGGAGUGCGGGGACGAUGAGGUGAGGGAGGUCGUUGGUCUGUUCAGGAAAUCGAGCAAACAUACCAAUCGAAGUUCCUAGAGCUCAAACGAGCUCAACACCUAAUUUCACGUCUUCUCUGAUCUCUAUGAAGCACAAUGAGGACAAUUUCCUUCAAUGGAAAGAUCAAGCAAAGUCAACAAUCGAAGGGCAUGAUCUUGAGUCACAUAACAGGAGAAGGUAUACCAGACCAUUCUGAUGCAUUGGGAGUGGCAAAUCCAGAGUUCUUCAAUGGAAGAGACAAGAUGCGUUGCUCAAGUUGUGGCUGUUGGCCUCAAUGACAAAACCGUUCACCACGAGGAUGGUAUGGUGUGUAUACACUUAUCAGAUUUGGAAAAGGUUAGAAGAUCACUUUGCAUCUCAAAUUAGAGCUUAAUAUGCAACUAAAGAGUAAAUUGAGUAGCAUUCGAAUUGGAGGUUCAGUAAAUGAAUAUGUCUUAGCGUUGAAGGAAAUGAUAGAUGCAUUAGCAUCGGUAGGUGAACCAAUGAGAGAAACAGAUUAUAUUAAUGCAAUUCUUCAUGGCUUAACAGAAGAGUAUGCUCCAUUAAUCACUUCUGUAGUUGCCAGAUUCACAAGUAUAUCUGUUGGAGAGUUAGAGGCAUGGCUUCUUGCACAUGAAAGCAUGUUAGAGAGGUUUCGAAGGUCAAAGUCACCUAUCUUAGCUAAUACUGCUCCAAAUUCACAUAAUUACAAUAUGAAAGGAGGUUUUAGAGGAGGUUCUCAAGGUGGCUAUAGAGGAGGUAGAUUAGGAGGCAGGUUCAAUAGGUCGGAUGAUCAAUUUUAGUAUGGCUCUAGCUCGAGUUUUGAAGGAACUGAGGCAUGAUUUGGAAAUGAUGCAAGGUUUGGCGGAUAUGAUGCACAGUUUGAUAGUCGUCGUGGAAGGUUCACUGAAUCACUGGAGGUGGUUCAAGAUUUAGUAGAGGAGGUAGAUUUUAUAUAGGCUAUGGCAAUGGAAAAAGAAGAUUUCGUAAUAGAUCAGCAGGCAGGUUCAAUAAUGGAGCCAAGGUUAUGUGUCAAGUGUGUGAAAAAUUAGGACACACUGUUCUAAGGUGCUGGUAUAGGUAUGAUGAUUCUUAUGAUGAAAGAAGUAGUGCUCACAAUAGUUCUAGUUCCAAUUUCAGGUCUCAACAGAAUUUGACUCAAAUACAAGUGCCACAAGCACUACAAGCUAAUCAAGCCAAUAUUGAUAACACCAUAGCUACACAAACAGUUUAUGAUCAAAGUUGGUAUCCUGACUCAGGUGCAACUCACCACAUGAUUCUAGACCCUCAAAAUUUGAUGGAAGGAGAGAAUUAUGAAGGCAACAACCAAGUUAUCGUUGGCAAUGGCUCAGGUUUGCAUAUCACCGCUGUUGGUAAAGCGUAUUUUCAAUCUGAUUUGAACUCAGAGAUUUUUAUGCAAAAGUUACUUCAUGUAAUUGAGAUAACAAAGAAUCUGCUAAGUGUGUACAAGUUUUGCUGUGACAAUAAAGUCUUUGAAUUUUGUGCUGACAAAUGUUAUGUCAAAUCUCAGAAAACUAGUGAAUUAGUCCUACAUGGAAGAGUAGCAAAUGGAAUGUAUAAGUUUGAGAACUUCACAGUUCACACGCUCAAUAAAGGUUGUUGCCUAUCACACUACCUUGACUGCAAAUGAUAAAUUUCUUCUCUGGCAUUCCAGAUUGGGACAUGCAGCUCGUGCUAUUGUUGCCUCAGUUUUAAAAGCUUGUAAUAUUUUAGUUGAUGAGAACAAGUCUGUGUGUACGACUUGUAUAGAAAAGUCUCAUCAGUUGCCUUUUCCUGUAUCCAACACUGUAUAUACUACAUCUUUAGAACUUGUCCAUUCAAAUACAUGGGGUCCAGCACCAACCUCAGAUCUGAAUGGAAACUAUUACUUUGUGAAUUUUAUAGAUGCUUACUCUCAUUUCACUUGGUUGUAUCUGACUAAAAAUAAAUCUCAGCUCAAAUGGUUGAAUCGCA